AUGACCGAAGAUCGUCCCGGAAAACGAUGGUACGAUGUAUUGGAGGAUGACGAGUAUGCGCUAAACAACACGGUAAAUAAAGCCACGGGCGAAACGCCAUGCAAGUUGUUAUUCGUAGUUGAUCAAACGGGUAAAGUGCCAGAUGUAUUAAGGAAAUGUAUUCAAACCGAAAGAAGCUGCGAAACUUCAAAAUUAGAGGCCGGCGCGAAGAAAAACUUACAUCUACAAAAUUAUAAUAAAACGUAUUACGAUAAGAAGCACAAACCGCCCUACGAGUAUCAAGUCGGGGAUUACGUAAUGUUAAGAAAUUUUGUAAUCACUCCCGGGGCCUCCCAAAAAUUAAUUCCUCAAUUUAAGGGACCCUACGAAAUGAUAAGAAAGUUACGAAAUGAUCGAUAUAUAGUAGCUGACAUUAAAGGUUUUCAAAAAACCCAAAGACCAUACCAGGGUACUUGGACAUCCGCAAACAUGAGACAUGGUGUCCGAAUUAAGAGUUUAGGCUUAGAGACUUUAAGUUUAGAGUAG